AUGACUGAGGAACAGAAGAAUGCUAUUGGACUUAUCGACGUCGAGUCUCUGCCCAAUUCCGAGGGAAUUAUCCGAUAUGACAUUUCCACUUUGCUGAGCCUUCGCUCUGCGAAUCCUGUCACACCUACCCUGGCGGAAGCGUGCUGUGUCAUCUCUGAAAAGGAUGCCAAAGAGUACAGAGAGAAGCACGACAGCGAGAUUUUGAACAAGGAAUUCGUGCCUGCCAUUGUUUCUACAUUCCCUACCGAGGUUGCCAGUUCUACCAGAGUCGAUCCUCGUAUUCGUGUCCUCCGCAACAUUCUGAACCAAUUUACCAUGGAGAACCAUGAAAUGAUUCGUGAUAUGCUUUACAACAACCUGGAGGAGUACAUUGACGAAGCUCCCGUUCUGAAGCUUGCCGUCGAAUCGAUAAUCAACAAAUGCUGCCAGGACCAUAUGUACUGCGAUGCGUUCGUGUCUCUCCUGAAGAUCGUGGUGAAGGAGAAGAUGACCGAGAAGAGCGCGCUUGCGUUCCAAUCGGUUCUUCUGGACUGCAGCCAGGAGAUCUACAAGCAGCCGGCUCCUGCGGCCGAGCUGGAGGGCGAUGAGCGAGCUCUCUACGAGAAUACUCGCGAGGGCUUCUUCCACUUCUUGGGAGCGUUGUUCGUGAAUUCUCUGAUGUGCGAAGACAUCAUUCUGUCGGUGAUGAUCGCACUGUCCCAGGGAUACCCGACCUCCCACUUCGAUGUUGCUUGUUUGUUGGAGAUCAUUCGAACCAUCGGAUCGUGCAUGGAGCACGACACCGAGAACAAACUCACCAUCGACGAGAUCUUCCGAACGAUGUACACCUGGCAGAUGGAGAAGCAGCUCCCCAGCAACAUCAUUGACAAGAUCCGCGACCUGCGCGACCUGAAGGACGCCAAGUGGGUCAUCACGAUGGAGGUGAGCAAGACGGAGGACACCGUGCCUUCCGGAGACUGGGAGAAGAGCUUUACCGGACGAAAGAUGCGCAAUCGCAGAGAGAAGGACGAGGAGCAGGCCGAGUCGAUUCGAGCUGCCAACGAACUCUCGAUUUACUGCGAGAAUCUCUGGAACGACUUUGUGCGCUACUUCGUAGUGGACGAUAUCGCCGACGAAGUGCUCAAGUUCGAUGACGCGCAUCGCGCGAGCUUCAUCGGCUCUUCCUUCAAGAGCCUGGUCUCGCACUCGGAGCAGCAGCAGCGUCGUGUGAGCGUGCUGCUUCAGACCAUGCUGAACCGAGGCGAUAUCUCCCGCGAGGUGUUUGAGAAGGGAAUGGAGGAGGCCAUUGCCGAGUAUAUGAAGCGUCGGAAGCAGGGCAAAGACGUGCUGGCCGCGUUCCGGAACAUGUAUCUGCCGCUCUUUAUGGACGGAAACUUCACGAUCCGGUCGCUCGUCGAGCUCUGGAAGAACAAAGAGUCCUACGAUGGCCUGCUCUCCCAGCUGGUGUUCAACCUGCUGAACAGCUGGGUGGCCAUUGACAAAGAAGCCGCGACGAAGGCCUUGGAAGAAGCCAAGCUCACCAUGGAGGAGGUGUUCGUUGGAGGUUGCCCCACGAUCAUCAUGGAGAGAAUCCUGGCGAAGAACCACUUCUGUGUCAAGGACGGAGUGCUGUGUUUCGUUUGGUGUGUUUGUGGAAGAAAUGUGAAUCGUUGA